UAAAAGUAUAGAAGAUCUUGAAAUCGGAAAGGUAUUGUUUGAAGCUGUAGAAGAAAACAAGAAGCUUACCGAUUUGGAUUUAAGUAGAAAUAACUUUGAUUCUGAAAUAUCAAAAGUUAUUGCUAGUACUUUAUUCAAUAACUUAUCUCUUCAAAGAGUGGAUUUAACAUUAAAUCAAUUCGAUCAAGAUUCUAUAAACGAAUUGAAAAAAGUUUUGAAACCUAAACUUUUAG